AUGCCCGUCUCAACCGGUCGUCGUAUGCCUCUCAGUUGCGAGCCCUGUCGGGAGCGCAAGAUCAAGUGUCCUCGAAACACCAACCGAGGAAGAGGACCUUGUGAGACCUGUGUGCGUCGAGGGAUACCCUCUUCAGAGUGUGUUUAUCUCCGGGAUCAAUGGCCCAGACGACACAAUCAGCCGGCUGCAGGGGCUGUUGAUAACUCGAAACUCGUCGCGAGAAUCGAUAGGCUUGAGGAGUUGCUACGACAGAGUGUGUCCAAUUCAGCGAAUCAACCUCAAGAGCCUGUAUCGAAUCUUCCUUCGCCUGAAUCGAGUUUGCCUCAAUCCGCGGGUUCGUUUACUGGGCGAAAUGAGGUGUCGCCGCUCAAGGGUGUCCCUUCGAGUUCAAUUGCGCCCCCGGCUGGGAUCAUUAUACGAUACGAGUCUGGACACGAAAAGUUUGAACCAUCAUCUUCACGCUGGUCCUCCAUCCUUCGGGACAAUCCCAAUGUGAAUGGCAUCAAGACAGACCUUGACGGUAACGACAUUGGGUCGAUGCCAUUUACAACCAGUACCGCCACGAUUGCAGAGCUUAUCGACCUGCUUCCGCCCACUUCGCACUGCGAUGAGCUCAAGAGGACUUAUUUCGACGUGUUUUCUCCCCUAUUUCACAUAUUGCAUGACCCGACGUUCGAGGCCGAUUAUCGCCGCUUCCAGUCAGACCCCGAGCAAGUGUCUCUCCCAUGGCUUGCGCUGCUCUUUGUUAUCUUGAGCAUAGCCGUCAUCGCAUUGCCAGAAGACAGUCCUCUUCUUCGUGAGCUGGGCCGUCGCAACUCCUCGCUUGAGAAUACGUCUCUGCUGAGCAGCCGAUACCGAGGAGCGGCAAUGAAAUGUCUUGAGGCCGAUCACUACCUCUGGCGACACAACCUGAAUACACUACAAGCUGUUAUUCUUCUCAUCUACGGCAUAAAUCACACCCACGGCCAGUCCUGGGCUCUUCUGGGUACAGCGCGCAACAUUGCCUUGGCUCUCGGUUGUCAAAUCGACCCCACGGUCUUUGGGAUGGAUCGGAUACGAGCUGAGGAGCGUCGAAGAUGCUGGGCUGGACUCAACAUGCUUUACACGAUACAAAAUACUACUCUCGGAAACCUAGAUUCGACAUUCACCCCUUCAAGUGUCAAGGCGCCUUUGGACGUCAACGACGAUGAACUUGUCGCUGGAUUUGAUGUGCCAGUCUCACGGAAUGGACCAACACAGAUGUCAUAUCUCUUGCUCAAGUUUGACCUCUACGGUCUUUGCACGCGCAUCUGCAGCGAGGUCUUUGGGGCGUUGCAUGUGCCUUCUUACAACACCAUCCAGGCUCUCGACUCUGAGAUUUCCGCCCUGCAAGAAGUUCUCAACUACAAGUAUUUGUUUGACACAGCACUUCCUGUUCAUCAUGCUGUUCAACUGAACAUUCUGUUUGGGUAUUCGCAUCAACUCACACUCCUCUUACACAGACCAAUUCUACGACAGAGGACAGCGGACAUGCGGUAUACCAGGGAGAAUCUUCUCACGUCGCAGAGGAAGUGCAUUGAGAGCUCUCAGGCAUUGCUCAGUAUACAUCGGACACUCUAUGAGGACGCAAUGUUUCGCCCUUACCAGUGGUAUAACCGUGGCCUGGGCAGCUUCCAUGCAUUCCACGCCGCAGUGUGUCUGGCUCAUAUCUGUACGAGUGGAAUGAGCGUGGAAGCAUCUACGAAAGACGUUCUGCGUCGGGAGCUUCAAGGGGCCCUCGAGAUAUUUGAGCAGAUGGCGAAAACGGGAAUGAGUGCCGUCUGUCAAAAGGCCACGCCUGUGCUGAAAAAGUUGAUUGGUAUGAUCGCACCUCAAGAGAUUCAGCAUCCGGUUCCUUCAAUGGCAUCCGACAGCCCUACUCAUCAAACUGCAGUGAGCUCUGAUCGAUCAGGGCUAGAGUUUCUUGAAGAGCCAAUCGACAAUUUGGCACCGCAGCAGUGGCUUUCACCUUCGACGAUGGGUUGGGAAGAGUGGGAGACGUUUUUGGAGAACAAUUCUACUGCGAAUGUACUCUAG